AUGAUGUCAUUGAGAAUGAUUCCUGUGGGUUCUGCCAGGUUCCAAAGUGUGUCUGUUGAGAGGCUUACUCAGCAGCAACCUCAUAACAUCCUGCAGAGGCGCCUCAUGGAAACCAACCUGUCUAAGCUCCGAAGCACUCGUGUCCCAUGGGCCUCCAAGACCAACAAACUCAAUCAGUCUAAGUCUGAGGGGCUAAAGAAGUAUGAGGAUGAUGACAUGAUCUUGGUUUCUUGCCAGUGUGCUGGAAAGGAUGUGAAAGCCUUGGUUGACACAGGUUGUCAAUAUAAUCUCAUCUCUUCAUCCUGUGUAGACAGAUUGGGACUUAAGGAGUUUGUCAGGUCUCACAAGCAUGAAGCAGAAAAGCUUUCUCUACCACGGCAUCUCAAAGUAGUGGGCCAGAUUGACCACCUGAUGAUGACAGUAGGUUCCAUCCGUCUGGACUGCCCAGCAGCUGUGGUUGAGGAUAAUGAGAAAAACUUGUCUCUUGGUCUCCAGACUCUCCGUUCCCUGAAGUGUAUCAUAAACUUGGAUAAGCAUCGGCUGAUUAUAGGAAAGACAGACAAGGAAGAAAUCCCUUUUGUGGAGACAGUUUCUUUGAAUGAAGACAACACUUCAGAAGCAUAACUACAGCCAGCAGUGUGUUUGCACGUGUGCACACAUACCAGGUUGACUGAGAAAACUGAGUUUGAACCAAAUGCAGUAGCAACUUACUGUGGACCAAGUCCUUCCCUCCAAUAGAUGCUCCAGGGGCUCCUUCCUACUGAAACCUUUCUAGACUAAAGUCUAUGCUUUAGAGAUCUUGUCUGGUUACAGCCAUUGUUUUUUACUCCUUUGAUCACUUAAUUUAUAGACUUUUUGACACUGCCGGGUCUCACUUGUGGCCUAUUUCUCUGCUUCUUCCAAAAAUUUUCUUUUAUUAGUCAAGUGUAGGGGCUGCCAGUUUCUAUUUCUUCAUAGAUAAACUUGCUUCCUUUCUGAUAGCUAAAUGUAUAAUAAAACAGGUACCUGACUUU